AUGGCCGAGCUCGACGCCGCCGUCCAGGCCCGCCUCAAGGAGUGGGCCGACCUCUUGACGGCCUUCUACGAAGGCCGCGACCCCGCCCAGAAGGCCUGGCUCGACCAAGAAUUGAAUAGACGACGCGCCGCGCCGCACGCCUGGCGCGACGCCUUGUUGUGGCUCACGCCGCCGCGCGCCGUCGACGCGUCGCACGGCGCCGAGUACUACGUGACCUACUUUUCCGCGUCGGUUUUAGAGGAGGCCGUGCGCGUCGGCUUCGGGUCGGAACGCGUCGGCGCCGAGGGCCGAGCCGCCGUAAGGACCGCGUUGUUCGACCCUGCCAAUUCCCGAGGCGUCCUCGUCGACGCCGCGGCCGGGAGAAGGCCGAAAUUACCAAGAGCCAUCGCCACGCGACUGCAGAAGGUCUACGUGGACGUCGGCAAAGAGUCUUGGCCCGCCGAACUGCCCGACUACCUCGACGAGAUCUGUAGAACAGCGCUCUCCACUGAUACGAAGACGCUAGGAUUGGAUCUACUAGCUCUUUGUGCCGAGGAAUUCUGUUCUGGUUCGAAGAUUCCCGUGAAACGGGGCCGAGAACUAAAAGAAGGAGUAGCAAUGAGGCUACCGCAAAUUGUAGCUUUACUAUGUGAUGUGUUAGUAGAAAAGGACGCCGACGCGAUGCAAAGUGCUCUGAAAUGCCUCGAAACCUUAGUGGCCUGGGCGCCGCUCAAGGGUUAUGUCACGCGAGACUUAUUGAGAACAUUAGUGCAGUUAAUAGAUGAAGAUCUUCGCAGUAAAACGUUCUGUGGCGACGCGGCGGCGCGAGCGCUCGACGCGAUCCUCUCGAAAAACCUUAUCCCACCGGACAUAAACGGUUUCAUCGAUGAAGUGGGGGCGUUAGUAUUAGGGCUAUUGCGAACAUUGGCGUCGGCCCUAGACUCCUACGACGAUGGCGAGGACCAGGAGGACGUUUUAGCCGCCACCUCUGAACUUGUGAGUACGUUCGUCGAGCUGCACGUGCCGCGCAUUUCGCAAAGGCCCGACUUUCCGGUGGCCGAGUUGUUGGGUUUGUUAGCUCGUGUGUUGUUUUCGAGAGCGGCCAAUCCAAGAACUUUGAGGCGGAACUUGCGGCCCUGGGAUACACUCGUAGCGUACCUCGGUGAACGAGACACAUGUCCGGACGCCCUCGCGUCGGGUAUCGUGGAUGUUGUGGUGGCGUUUUUCAGGGAUCGAUGCCUGUUCGAGAACAACGGCGAGGCUUUGAGUGACCUCCAGGCCGACGACGACAGCGACCGAGAAGAAAAAGACGAGGCGCACGACAACGACGAGGACCUCCUCGAGGAACUUUCUGGUGGUAGUCCGUCACAACCGGCGUUGGGUGGCGAGGCGCGCGUGAAAGGUGAUGGUGGGGAGUUGCGAGGCUUACUCGUGGACGGUCACAAGUUGUGUUCGCAAGCGUGUCGCGGGCCUCUCUCCGCAAAAGCUGCGGCUGCUUUGUGCCAAGCUGCUUUAACGGCGUUAGAGUCGGCCAUACCGAAGGCCUUACCGCCCCCCGAAGAGUGCCAGAACGGACCGCCUCCCUCAUGUCGGUCGGGCGCGGUCGACGCCGCGACGUCCCUCUACGUGUUAGCUGCGGCGGCACCGGCCUCUCCAGAACUGUACAGAGCGACUGAAGCUGUAGCGUCUCUAGCACAGACCUGCAUCGCGAAUCGAGCGCACUCGCUCGGGCCCGCGCAUUUGGCGCUUGGAUGUGCGGCGCUCGAUGCGUUACGAGCCCUCGCGCCGGCCUGCGCCGCGACGACGGGCGACCAAUCACUUUCAUUGAUAGACGGCGUAUUAAGCGCGGCCUUCGCGGCCUUAGACGACCAAGUAGUCCCGGCCCCAGAACCUUUAGCUCGCUGUGCCGCGUGGUUGGUAUUAGCGGUGGCCAAGGCGUCGGCAUCAGCGCCGUGGCUCGGUCGAUCUGAAAAAUUGAGAGCUCUAGCGGCGGCGGGCGCGGCGGGAGCUGCGAGACGCGUUUGUGCGCCCGCGCGCGCGUUGGCGCUGCGAGCGGCUCUGGUCGUCCACACGGCGGCGGGGCAGGAGGCGGACGCUAUAUUAGCGGCGCCGCUCGUGGCACCCCUCGCCGACGCGUCGCAGAAGCUUCUGAACGUGGAGGACUCGGUUUUGUUUGCUGCGGACGCGUUGGACGUACAGACCUUGAAUCUCGCACGAGGCGGCGCGCGAGCUCUAGCAGCUUUAUGUGCCGGCGCCUUCAAGGAUGGAGUGAGAUCACCAUUUCGACAGAGCUUACAAACCGCUUUAGCCGUGACGCCGCGCCUACUUGCGUAUGCCGCCGCUCGCGCGUUGCAACCGCAGCCGGAUCGCACAGCUCCGCCCAACAUCGCGAGGCAAGUAGCGGCAUCUAGGGCACCUCACCUAGCGUUAGCAACAGCGCUCGCCGACCUGAACGCGUGUGCGGCCAAGCUCGACCCCGAGGCCGGCGGCGAUGCCGCUCUGUCGUCCGCGACGUUCCUGCGCGCGGCCCUGGACGCGACGCGGCCCCAGGCCCAGCUGCUGUCGGAGAACCAGUCGACCGUGCCGCCGCGGAAUGCCUGUGUGGCGGUUGUGCAAUCGACCAUUGUGGUGGGAAGGGCCGCGUGCCAGGGUCGAGGCGCGCAGUCCGCGGCGCUCGAUCUGUGUGCUUUGCUAUUGGACCACUGCGCUUUGCUGUCGAGGAAUUCGCAAUAUGCGCCUGAUCUCUUACCACCUCUCCUAGAAACGUCGAGGCGAUUGCUGGUGGAUCGAUGGGCGGCGUUCGUGCGACGACCGAACAACGCGACCACCUGUGUGGAAAUCAACCAGUAUCGAGCAGGCGUCGCGUCGAUGGCGUGGAGGACGAAACGUGCCGUCAAAUUUUGAUUUCCACACAGGCGACCACCCCGCAGGAGCAGCUCCUGCAGGCGACGGCGCCGGCGGUGCUCGUGGACGAAAGGGCUGCGCGCUUAUUUCAUGCGUUGUGCGACCUGUGUUGUUUUGCUGCUAGAGGGGAUGAUUUGCCGCCGAGGUGUGUGGAGGCUUCUUUAUCCGCGCUCAGAGAUGCUGAUGAAAAACGUCGGCUAUUCGAUUUUCAACCGUUUGUUGAGAGAUGGCGCGCGCCGCUCUGCGACGCUUUAUUGGGCGCGCUGUUGGAUGGAAGGCAUGCCUUGUUAGGAGAUGAGGCCGCGGCACUCUUACAUCGCCUCGCGGCCCCCGAUUUAGCAGGAUUCUUCGGGAGUUUCCUGCCCCAGCGCAUCGCUUCUUUAGAGGGAUUGGACGACGGCCAGAAGCGGGCCGUGCUGUGGGCGCGGGCGGACGACCGGCCGUCGUUCAUCCGCGGUUUGAAGGACGCGGCGGCGGACGUGGCGUACUACCGGCUGGUGAAUACGAGCGCGAUGGAGUGA